AUGAAUGCGCUUAAUUUAGUACUCAAAAUGUAUAUAAUAUAUUGUAUUUUGUUAAUCAAAAUCUUCAAUAAUAUUCAUUCAUUUUGUACAUUGUGAUUGAAAAUAUUGUUACAUACAUUAUGUAAGCUUCCAUUAAGUAAUUUUGUAUUAAAUAAAGAUAUUUAAAAGUAUAAAUCUAAUGGGCUAAUAAUUUAUUUCUUAUCACCUAAUUUUUAUCUUACUUAUCUAAGUAUAAAUAUGUAUAGGAGUAUCAGAGUAUAUUAAAAUUUUAUUUGUUUAAUGAUAAUUUAUCGUACUACAGCAUAUUAAAAGAAUUUUUCAAAUUUAGCAGAUACUCUUGACAGUUACUUAUAUGAAUCUAUUUUGGUAUGUACAGGAAACUAUUCAUGAUGGAGACUGCCUGUACUGCUGGUUUGAUUAUAAUAGGAGAUGAAAUUUUACGUGGCCAAGUUAUAGAUACAAAUACUUCAUAUCUGGCAAAGAGAUUGCGAGCUUCUGGCAUUAAACUUCGAAAAAUAACAGUGAUUCCUGAUAUUGUAGAUGAAAUCGCAAAGACCGUACUUGAGGCUUCUAAAGAAUAUUCUGUUGUAUUUACAUCUGGUGGUGUUGGACCUACACACGACGAUGUAACAUAUGAAGCUGUGGCCAAAGGUCUAGGUUUGAAGCUUGAACAACACGAAGAAUUAGUUGACAUUUGUGUAAAUCUUUUUCCCAACAAUAAAGAAGCUUUACAUCUUAGUAUUGUACCAAAACCCUGCGAGCUUAUUCCUGUUUAUUCACCAAAAAAAUAUGCUAUCGUAAAAGCAAAGAACGUGUACAUAUUGCCAGGCUCUCCAAAAUACUUUGAACUUGCUGUUGACAUGAUUGUACCUCAAUUAAAAGGAAAUACCCCUUUGCAUCUCGAAGAAAUAGAUAUUAAUUUAAAUGAAUUAUCAUUAGUUAGAAUUUUGAAUGAACAUGCAGAAUAUUGGAAAGACAAAGUUAAUAUUGGCAGUUAUCCACAAAUAACACCUGAAUGUUUUACGAGAGUCACGUUGGAAGGGAAGAAAGAAGAUGUUCUGGAAGCAAAAGGCAAACUUCUGUAUUCAUUGCCAAUUCAGAAAAUUCGAAAUCUAAAAGAUGGAUUUAGCCAUUAUCACGUGAAAACUGUCCUUGAAGAUACUGAAAAUGAAGUGCAUAUAAAGUAUGCCUUGGAUGUUUUGCAACAGUGUUAUAAAACAUAUAAACCAGAAGAGAUUUUUGUAAGUUUUAAUGGAGGGAAGGAUUGCACAGUGGUUUUACAUUUAACUGCCUGCAUCGCAAAGUUACAAAAUAUUUCUUCAUUAUUAUGUUUAUAUGUGACGGCGGAACCAUUUCCAGAAGUGGAUUCGUUUGUAGAAAGAGCAGCUCAGUAUUAUGGUUUAGAGCUAAUAAAAAAGAAAUGUCCUAUGCGGCAGGCGUUAUGUUUGUUGUUGAAUGAGAAAGCGAAUUUGAAAGCAAGUCUUAUGGGAAUGAGGAAAGGUGAUCCUGGUACGGAAAAUCUAGAGGCUUUCACACCAACUGAUCCAAGCUGGCCGAAUUUAAUUCGUGUGAAUCCUAUUUUAAAUUGGUCGUACGAUCAAGUAUGGAAAUUUUUGUUAAAACAUAAUGUACCAUAUUGUCCGUUGUAUGAUGAAGGAUAUACGAGUUUAGGGACGAAGUCAACAACAGUACCAAAUCCACGAUUGAAAGAUCCUAAUAAUUCAUCGUUAUAUCGCCCAGCAUAUGCUUUAACUGAUGAGUCUGCAGAAAGACAAGGCAGAGUAUAAUUAUAAAAAAAAAAAAGAAAAAGGAAGAGAAACGCAGCACAAAAUCUUAUAAUAUUUUUGCAUACUUUGUGCAAAAACUUGAAAACUUAUUGCAACUUACUGUAAAAAAGACAAAAGAUAUUUUAUAAAGACAGAGAUAUUUUAUUCUCGUCCAAUAUUUUAAUCUGCUAGAAUCUUUCUAUCAUAUAUUUUUAGAAACGUAUAAUUUCUAAAUUAAGUAUAUCUAGUUGUAAUCUUUUUAAUUCUGCAAUAUAGCAAGUGUUCUUACGAAAGUAUUAAAAUGUAAUUAAAUUGAUCAUUUAAUUGAUCUAAAUAGAUCUAAAUAAAUGAUCAAUUUAAUUACAAUGUGCAAUUAUUAUGUAUUAUCGGUGAAAAUGUACUAGUACGUAAGUAAGUACGUAAACAAUAAAAGCGAAAGUGUAAUUUUAAAUUAUGAAGGAACUGAAUCUUAUUGUUAUUUCCGAACGCAAUUUUCGUCCACAGUCAGACAGAAGCAAGAGUUUCGUUGAAAUCUAUUUACAAGUAUUUCAGUGGAAAUCGAGGAAGAAGAAACCGAGGGAACGUGUCAAGUUCAAAGGAGCAUCCACCCUUGAUAAAAUCGAAAUUUCGAUUGACGAUUAGCUUCUAUGACGUCGACUAACGUUCCUGCUGACCCAGAGCAACUAGGGGAUGAUCCCCGGCUGAUCCUCGUACGAAGCCAGCAAAGCUAACAGAUUAGGGUUUCGUUGAUCCAAGGGGAUAGAAGGAAUGGUAUAAAACUGCUGCCUGAUCAGCCGUAUCAAGGAGAGGGGCUGGCAGACGGUGUGACCGACAUGUCCAACAACACUAUUCAUUGGGAGGCAAGAUACCUACCAGCAGGGCCACCACGUUUGCUGGGAUGGAAUGUUCCUGCCGAAGAAAUAGUCCACAUACCGGAACAUUGGCUGGUCUAUCCCGAGCCGAACCCCUCCCUUCAUUAUUUAUUAGCCCUAUUGUAUAUUCUUUUUACUUUCCUUGCUUUACUUGGCAAUGGUUUGGUGAUAUGGAUCUUUUGCGCUGCCAAAUCACUGAGGACCCCCUCGAACAUGUUCGUUGUGAAUCUCGCGAUCUGCGACUUCUUCAUGAUGAUCAAGACACCUAUCUUCAUAUACAAUUCCUUCAACACCGGUUUUGCUCUGGGGAAUUUAGGAUGUCAAAUAUUCGCGGUCAUCGGUUCCCUAACCGGAAUUGCGGCCGGGAUGACAAAUGCAGCUAUAGCAUACGACAGAUAUAGUACAAUUGCAAGACCUCUGGAUGGCAAGUUGUCGCGCGGGCAAGUUAUGCUAUUCAUCGUCUUAAUCUGGACAUACACCAUACCAUGGGCGUUGAUGCCUGUGAUGGGAGUGUGGGGACGUUUUGUACCGGAGGGCUUUCUCACCAGCUGCACCUUUGAUUAUCUGACCGACUCUAACGAAAUACGAAUAUUCGUCGCUACCAUAUUUACCUUCUCCUAUUGCAUCCCAAUGACGUUUAUAAUCUAUUACUAUAGCCAGAUCGUUAGCCACGUUGUGAAUCACGAGAAGGCGCUCCGGGAACAGGCGAAGAAGAUGAACGUCGACAGUUUACGGAGUAACGCGAACACAAAUACUCAAAGCGCUGAGAUUCGUAUAGCGAAGGCUGCCAUUACGAUUUGUUUCCUAUACAUCUUCUCGUGGACUCCAUAUGGCGUGAUGGCAAUGAUCGGUGCGUUUGGUAAUAAAGGGCUUCUGACACCUGGUGUCACGAUGAUACCUGCAUGUACGUGUAAAGCUGUUGCUUGCUUGGACCCCUAUGUGUAUGCUAUAAGUCAUCCAAAAUACAGGUUGGAAUUGCAGAAACGACUACCAUGGUUGGAAUUACAAGAAAAGCCGAUAUCCGAUUCGCAAAGCACUACAACUGAAACAGUAAAUGCACCAGCCUCGAGCUAAAUUUUUAUUGGAACUGUUACUCUUCGGCAACAAAAGAUAGCAAUACACACAUACAUAUUUGGCUCUCGUUCAACACUUUGUUUGUUAAAGACUUGCGGACCUUGUAUAGCGAAAGUAAUAAAGCAAUUUCCUGGCAAACGUACUUCCAUAAUUUUCCUCGAUGUAAUUUGCAUAUACGAUGUACAUACGUAUUAUACUAUAUAUAUAUAUUAUAUAAUAAAGAAAUAUAUAUGUAUAUAUAUACAGAACAUACAUAUAAACAUAUUUUCGCAAAGAAAAAAAAAUAAAGAAAAUAAACCGAGAUAGUUUAAAUCAAUGUGUAUAUAUAUGAGGAGGAAUGUUCCCUGUUACGAUGAGAAUUUUCAUGUUGGCGUUGGGUACAUGAUUGAUAAUAAAAAAAUAUUCCCAUUAAGGAACAAAAAACUGGUAAAUUACAACUUUAUUCACUUUGUUACAUACUACUCGCCUUAUGGUUACGAUGCUAGGCCUUAGAGAUUUGAAAAUAAAAGAAUAUAUACGACCGAUCGACUGAAUCUGGUUAACUCACGGCUUGUCGAUAUCAGGUCGAUAUUAUGAUAACAAAGAAACUUUUAUAUAACUGCGUAAUAGCGUAAUUGAGAAUUGACUGUGUGUGUGUGUGUGUGUGUG